AUGGAAGAGAGGAAAAGCAGAGUUUCUAGGACCAGCACUGAAGGAAUUAACGACUUCAACUUCUUAUCAGACUUAGUCAAUGGAAACGAUAUUGACUUCAAGGAGUACUCCCAGAAUGGGGAGAACUUUGAUAUCUUCUCCACUGUGGGAGGUGGUACAGCUGGUAACUCCAAGAAAUCCUUGGAGGAAUACUGCAUUUUUGAUUACCUUGCAGUCAAUAAAGACGUAGCCGUCCUUUAUGAUGAGCUAGGUAGGUCCAAUGAGAUUCUUGAUAGGAUUGAGAACAUUGUCACUAACUUCCAACAGAAACUAGGCGGUAUUGCUGAUGAUGUAUCUAAGCUGCAAGAAAAAUCUCAGAAUUAUACCACAAAGCUGAAUAACAGGAAAGCUCUUGAGAAGGAACUUCAUGAGUUCCUUGAUGGGAUUCUCUUGUCUCCUCAUUUAGUGAGGGACCUGAUCCAGAACGAUGUUGACCUGGAAUAUGUCAAGAAGCUGGAAGAGUUCAACAAAGUGCUCAAAAAUGUAGAAGAGGUCAGCAAGCAUUCACCUGAGAGCAAGGCUAUCACUGACGUCCUUAAUGAAAUCGAGAAGCUCACCACUCAAGUCUGCUACAAGAUCAAGGUAUAUAUGAAGGACAGAUUUUACAAUUUACAUAAGGAUAAGACUAAUUUUCAGAUUAUUCAAGAGAGCAAUCUUGUUAAAUUCAGACCUCUGAAUAUUUUCCUGAGAGACCACAACCCUGAAGACUUCGGGGAAUUGACUACUACUUACUCGGAGUACAUGUCCAAGAGGUACCAGGUCGACUGUAGAGAGUACUGCUUGAGCAUCGCUAGACUUGUACAAGAGAAAAUUACCAAGAAUGAUGUUGUCAUUGUUGAAGAGGCAAAGUACAAGUCUGCCACUGCGGAUAUUGAGACAUUUGAGCUAGAAGAAAGAGAAGCUAUUUUGUCCAAAAUUCAGGAUGAUCCAAUAUAGUCCCAUUCCAUUACACAAGUCAUUCUGAUUUUAAAAUUUCACUCGAAGAGGCAUUCAGAAACCAGAACAAGCUAUUGAUCAACCUGGUUCAGAAGGAGUACGAGUUCUUACUGAAGUUCUUCGACUUGAAGCCAUCCCAGUGCGAUUGGAUUUUUAAUGCCAUAUUCUCAAAUGUUGCAAACUACUUUUUAGACUGGCUAAAGACAUCGUGUGAUGCCUCGUAUGACUUGGUAUCCAUCCUCAUGAUAGUGCUGAUCAACUCAGAAUUCAAAGCUGUCAUGAAGGAUUGAGGGAUACACAUUCUAAAUUACUAUUUUGAUCAAAUUGAGAUGGCUCUUUGGCCUAGAUUCACAACUAUCUUCGAUCAUUUCUUGAACAACAUUGAGAAAGCCAAGGCUAAGAAUUAUAAACUCUACAACCUAUCUGUGCACUUUACAACCAAGAGAUAUGUUUCAUUAGUACUUAUGCUCUAUAAGAUCGCUGAUAAGACAGGUCACAACAUGUUGCUCUCUCGACUGACAAAGUUGCAGAAUUUGAUGCUGAAAUUUAUCGAAAGUUUAUCUGUGGAGAGUUUCAUCGGCUCAACUGAUCACAAGAGUAAGUUCUUCUUUUUGGUCAACAACAUCCAUUACAUCUAUGCGUUGAUCAACCAGCUGCACAUCAGCAUUGAGCUGAAGGACCUGGAGAGAUUGGAGAAGAGGUACACUGAGGAUAUAUCGAAGUUCAUCACUACAACUCUGAGAGACCAGUACUCCAACAUGGUGGACAUAGUAAAAGAGUAUGGACCUGGAGGCGACUCAGACUCUGGUUCCAGUGAUGAAGAGGCUAAGGAGGACUACAAGUCCUCCAACCUUAAGUCUCUUGAUAAGAAGAAGCUCGAGAUCGUAGCUCAGGAGUUUUCAAUGACCUUCAAGGAGAAGAUUGAUAACGUCAUCAAGUUAGUCAGAGACAAGGCUUACUCAGAGAAGAUCUCCAAACAGAUUCUGCAUAAGUACAUGAGAGUCCUGAUCUAUAAGUACUCUACCUUCCUAGAGAUAGUGAAGGCUUCACAUCCUUCGUUCUAUAAGGAAACUAUGAACUCGCAUUAUGGUCUAUUGGAGCUCAAGAACAUCCUUCUCGAAAUUGAUAAGAGUUAAUUAUUCAAUAUUGGAA